AUGCGAGGUGAGUAUAAUGGCCUCAAAGCACUUAUUUUGAAAGAAAAUCCAAGUGCUUACUACAUUCACUGUUUUGCUCAUCAACUUCAAUUAGCUCUUGUAGCUCUGGCACAGAAACAUCCGAAGAUUGAAACUUUCUUCACUACAGUACAUAGAUUGGUGAAUGUUGUUGGAGGAUCAGCUAAACGGAGUGAUCUUAUUCGAGAGAACCAAAGAUUGAAAAUUCUUGAAUCACUCAGUGUUGGUGAAAUAUCAAGCGGACGGGGUCUCAAUCAAGAAAUUACUCUUCAGCGUCCUAGUGAUACACGUUGGGGCUCUCACUAUAGUUGUUUAAUUAACUUGAUUGUCAUGUUUUCAACUAUAGUCAACGUUAUUGAGAUGAUUGCUACUGAUACUACAAGUACCGGAACAAGAGGUGAUGCAUGUCGUUCACAGCGUGAGAUAGUGACAAAUUUGCAUCAUUUUAGUGUGGAAAUGUUUUAUGCCAACAUUGAUAUGCAACUUCAAGAGUUGAAUGAUCGUUUUUCUGAAGUAAAUAGUGACUUGCUUAUUUGUGUAGCGUGUUUAUCUCCAAAUAAUUUAUUUGCUGCUUUUGACAAGAUCAAAUUGAUUCGACUAUAUACGUAUAUUCUUGAUAUGCGCACUUCUGAAGACUUUGAAGAACUACAAGGCAUUAGCGAUCUUGCACAGAAGUUGGUUGUGAAGAAUAAACAUGAAGUGCAUCCAUUAGUUUACAAACUUGUGACACUAGCCUUAGCUCUUCCCGUGGCUGAAUGA